AUGGCAGUGCCCAAUAUGGUGUUUUCGGAUGUUGAAACUUUCCUGGAUAACCACCCUGAAUUGUUUGAGGACUAUCUUAACAGAAAAGGUAAAUACAGUAUGGUAGAAAAAUGGCUCAAAACGCACCAAGCAAACAAAAAUCCCUCGAAUUCCUCCACGGACCCGGAUAAAUCCCAUGUGUGUAAGGACAGCUGGGCGAGUAAGGGAGAUGGUCUGCAGCGGCGAGCAUCGCAGAAAGAGCUGCGAAAAACUUUCGCACGCUCAAAAGCCGUCAAUGCGAACAGGACGUACGACGAACACGUGAACUCUCGAGCUCAGGAGCCGCUGACCAGCAUGCGGAGACGCGCUUUACUAAGGAAAGCCAGCUCCUUACCACCAACUACAGCGCACAUCCUCUCCGCGCUGCUAGAGUCGCGAGUCAACAUCCCACAGUAUCCGUCCACCGCCGUGGACUUCAAAUAUUACCUCAAAGAGCACAACGAGCGCGAGUUCUUCCUGGAGCUGGUUAAAGACAUUUCCAAUGACCUGGAUUUAACCAGCCUGAGCUACAAGAUUUUGGUGUUUGUGUGUAUCAUGGUCGAUGCGGAUCGCUGCUCACUGUUUCUAGUGGAGGGCACUGCGAAUAAAAAGACUCUGGUUUCCAAAUUUUUUGACGUUCACGCCGGGACCACUGUCCUGCCAUCCCUCAGCAACUCAGAUGAAGUCCAAGUUCCGUGGGGGAAAGGAAUUAUAGGUUAUGUUGCUGAGCACGGAGAGACUGUUAACAUCCCCGACGCGUAUCAGGACCAUCGUUUCAGUGAUGAGAUUGAUAAGUUGACAGGUUAUAAGACCAAGUCACUGCUGUGCAUGCCUAUCCGGAACAGUGAUGGAGAGAUCAUAGGAGUAGCCCAGGCCAUCAACAAGAGUCCUAGUGGUGCACUGUUCACUGAAGAUGAUGAGAAGGUGUUGCAGAUGUACCUGCCCUUCUGUGGAAUCGCUAUCUCCAAUGCUCAGCUUUUUGCUGCAUCCAGAAAGGAGUAUGAUAGGAGCAGGGCUUUGCUAGAGGUGGUGAAUGAUUUGUUUGAAGAACAGACAGACCUAGAGAAGAUUGUGAGGAAGAUUAUGCAUCGUGCUCAAACGCUGCUCAAAUGUGAACACUGCUCUGUACAGCUUCUGGAGGACAUUGAGUCUCCGGUAGUGAAGUUUACUAAAUCCUUUGAGCUACUGUCACCAAAGUGUAGUGCAGACACAGAGAACAGUUUUAAGGACAGUAUAGAGAAGUCCUCGUAUUCAGACUGGCUGAUUAACAACAGCAUAGCCGAGCUGGUGGCCUCCACUGGCUUGCCGGUCAACAUCAGCGAUACCUACCAGGACCCCCGCUUCGACGCAGAGGCAGAUCAGUUCUCUGGGUUCCAUAUCCGCUCUGUCCUGUGUGUGCCUAUUUGGAACAGCAAUCACCAAAUAAUUGGUGUUGCACAGGUCCUAAACAGACUGGAUGGAAAACCAUUUGAUGAUGCAGACCAGAGACUGUUUGAGGCAUUUGUGAUAUUCUGUGGGCUUGGGAUUAAUAACACAAUAAUGUACGAUCAGGUGAAGAAAUCUUGGGCCAAACAGUCUGUAGCCCUGGACGUGCUGUCAUAUCAUGCCACUUGCUCCAAGACAGAAGUGGACAAGUUUAAGGCAGCAAACAUCCCUCUGGUGUGUGAGCUGGGCAUUGAUAAGCUCUCCUUUGAUGACUUUUCUCUGGACGUGGAUGCUAUGAUAACUGCAGCCCUGCGCAUGUUCAUGGAGCUUGGCAUGGUGCAGAAAUUCAAGAUAGACUAUGAGACUCUGUGUAGGUGGCUUUUGACCGUAAGGAAGAACUAUCGUAACGUUCUGUACCACAACUGGAGACAUGCAUUCAAUGUCUGUCAGUGCAUGUUCUCCAUGCUUACUACUGCGGGCUUCCAAGAGACCCUCUCAGAGUUGGAGAUCUUAGCGCUCAUUGUGGGCUGUGUAUGCCACGAUUUGGACCACCGUGGAACAAACAAUGCUUUCCAAGCCAAGACAGGUUCUGCUCUAUCUCUCCUGUAUGGGACCUCAGCUACGAUGGAGCAUCACCACUUCAACCAUGCUGUCAUGAUCCUGCAGAGUGAAGGCCAUAAUAUAUUCUCCAAUUUGUCAUCCCGGGAUUAUGGAGACCUGAUGCAGCUGCUGAAACAGUCCAUCCUGGCUACAGAUCUCACACUGUACUUUGAGAACAGAAACCGUUUCUUUGAGCUGGUGAAUAAAGGGGAUUAUAACUGGAAUGUUAAAGAACACAGAGAUAUGUUCAGAUCGAUGUUAAUGACUUCAUGUGAUUUGGGAGCUGUGACCAAACCAUGGGAAAUCUCUCGCAAGGUAGCAGAGCUGGUCACCAGUGAGUUUUUCGAGCAGGGAGACAGAGAGAGAUCUGAACUGAAGCUGACACCUUCUGCUAUCUUUGAUCGGAAUCGAAAGGAUGAGUUGCCGAGUUUACAGUUGGAAUGGAUUGAUGGUAUCUGUUCUCCACUAUAUGAGGCCUUUGUGAAACUGAACCCUAAACUGCAGCCAAUGGUUGACAUGAUCCAGGCAAAUCGUGCCAUGUGGGAUGAGCUGCACCAGAAGCGACAGCGCAGCCAAGACCUUGUCAAUCUCCCCAGUGCAACCUGCGAUGGUGACAUCAGUGACAAUGAAGUGCCCAAAUCUGCGAGUUAGCUCCUGCCCACCAUGCCACAUCAUGACCUCUGACCUCUAACCUGCAACCCAAACGCAGUUUUGUGCAUGUGGGGAGUUUUGGCUCUGCUGCGAGCUUCCAGCUGCUGGAGCGAUGAUGGCGAUCUGAUCUCACAGUGCUCCUGCAGGCUGCAUGUCUAAACUCUCACCACCGGGUGUGAGAGUACCAGGCAGCUGUGACUUUUCUGUUUGGCCUUGAUGUUUUUCUCACCUGGAGAAGUCUCUGAGAAUAGUUCUAGACUCAGGAAGAGGCAGUGUCUCUAGAACUAGAAUACUAACAUAAAUGCUGUAUUGUAUUAACUGGCCUGCUGUGUUGUUUGAGAUGGCUAGGGCUGAGCAUUGCCACUGUUUAUACAGGUUUACUAUUAUAGUGUAACCACUGAGUGUUGCUUUAAUUCUACUGAAUGAAAAUCUUUCAGGGGUGCAGGAUCCUCUAUUUUGUAUUGUACAUAGUUAAUUUGAGUUUAUUGUUUAUGGGAUUGUUAUAUAGCUUGAGAUAUGA